GUCCCGGCCCUGCCGCGCUAGGCUCACAAAGGCAGGCACAGACUGCAACCCUGCUCAGUGCUCUGGGCGCUUCAGGCUGGCUUGGGUCCUGCUGCUCCAACCCCAAGGGCCCUGGAGCGCUCCCUGAUACCUCCAUCACUCACCAUGGCCAGCCAGUUCUGCCUUCCUGAAUCCCCAUGCCUCUCGCCCCUGAAACCCUUGAAGCCACAUUUCGGAGACAUCCAAGUGGGCAUCUACGUGGCGAUCCAGCGCAGUGACAAGCGGAUCCACCUCGCUGUGGUAACGGAGAUCAACAGAGAAAACUAUUGGGUCACGGUAGAGUGGGUGGAGAAAGCAGUCAAAAAAGGCAAGAAGAUUGACCUGGAGACCAUACUCCUGCUGAAUCCAGCUCUGGACUCUGCUGAACACCCCAUGCCGCCCCCGCCCUUAUCCCCCUUGGCUCCGGCGCCCUCUUCGGCCAUCAGGGACCAGCGUACCGCCACGAAAUGGGUUGUGAUGAUCCCCCAGAAAAACAAAACAGCCUCUGGGGACAGCCUGGACGUGAGGAUCCCCAGCAAACCUUGUCUGAUGAAGCAGAAAAAGUCUCCUUGCCUCUGGGAAAUCCAGAAACUGCAGAAGCAGCGGGAAAAGCGCAGGCGGCUGCAGCAGGAGAUCCGAGCUAGACGUGCCCUCGAUGUCAACAUCAGAAACCCCAACUACGAAAUCAUGCACAUGAUCGAAGAGUAUCGCAGGCACCUGGACAGCAGCAAGAUUUCAGUCCUGGAGCCCCCGCAAGAACAUCGCAUCUGCGUCUGCGUGAGGAAGCGGCCUCUCAACCAGCGAGAGACAACCUUGAAGGACCUGGAUAUCAUCACCGUCCCCUCGGACAAUGUGGUUAUGGUGCAUGAGUCCAAGCAAAAGGUGGACCUCACUCGCUACCUGCAGAACCAGACCUUCUGCUUCGACCAUGCCUUCGACGACAAAGCCUCCAACGAGUUGGUGUACCAGUUCACCGCCCAGCCACUGGUGGAGUCCAUCUUCCGCAAGGGCAUGGCCACCUGCUUUGCCUAUGGGCAGACGGGAAGUGGGAAGACGUACACCAUGGGUGGAGACUUUUCAGGAAGGGCCCAAGAUUGUUCUAAGGGCAUUUAUGCUCUGGUGGCACAGGAUGUCUUUCUCCUGCUCAGAAACUCCACAUAUGAGAAGCUGGACCUCAAAGUCUAUGGGACAUUUUUUGAGAUUUAUGGGGGCAAGGUGUAUGAUUUGUUGAACUGGAAGAAGAAACUGCAAGUCCUUGAGGAUGGCAAUCAGCAAAUCCAAGUGGUCGGGCUGCAGGAGAAAGAGGUGUGUUGUGUGGAGGAAGUGCUGAACCUGGUGGAAAUAGGGAAUAGCUGUCGGACUUCCAGGCAAACAUCUGUCAACGCUAACUCAUCCAGGAGCCAUGCAGUGUUCCAGAUCAUCUUGAAGUCAGGAGGGAUAUUGCAUGGCAAGUUUUCCCUCGUUGAUUUAGCUGGGAAUGAAAGGGGAGCAGAUACGACCAAGGCCAGCCGGAAAAGGCAGCUGGAAGGGGCAGAGAUUAACAAGAGUCUUCUAGCCCUCAAAGAAUGUAUUCUAGCUUUGGGUCAGAACAAGCCUCACACCCCAUUCAGAGCCAGCAAACUCACACAGGUGCUCCGGGACUCCUUUAUAGGCCAGAACUCCUCCACUUGCAUGAUCGCUACUAUCUCUCCAGGAAUGACCUCUUGUGAAAACACUCUCAACACUUUAAGAUAUGCAAACAGAGUAAAAAAAUUAAAUGUAGAUGUAAGGCCAUACCAUCGUGGCCUCUAUCCGAUUGGAUAUGAGACACCAAGGAUGUUAAAAAGUCACAUCGGAAAUUCAGAAAUGUCCCUUCAGAGGGAUGAAUUUAUUAAAAUACCUUAUGUACAGUGUGAGGGGCAGCACAAAGAGAUUGAAGAGGUUGAAACAUUACCCAUUCCGUUAGGGAAGGAUACCACAACUUCAGGGAAGGGAUCUAGCCAAUGGUUGGAAAAUAUCCAGGAGAGAGCUGGUGGAGUAAACCAUGAUAUUGAUUUUUGCGUUGCCCGGUCUUUGUCCAUUUUGGAGCAGAAAAUUGAUGUUCUGACCGAGAUCCAAAAGAAACUGAAAUUAUUACGAGCUGACCUCCACAUGAAGAGCAAGGUAGAGUGAAGCCAAUGGCGAGAGAUCAGGUCCGAAAUGCUGCAUUGCUGCAGUUUCCACCACUCUUAUACAGGAAAACUGUCCAAAUUAUCUACAUAUAAAGAUCCUCCUGAAAAGCUUAAAACAUCUUAAAAUACGGUGGUGGGAAACACGCUCUUUCUUCUA